AUGGACGAAACAGUUCAAACGUUUAAUAGGGUUCUUUGUUUUGCUGGAAUAUCUUUUUUCUCUAAAACCAAUCAGUCAUCUAAGAGAUGGUUUUUAUUUCAGAUUUUGAAUUUCAUUUAUGGAUUUGUAACGGUCAUUUUUAGCUCUGCUUUUGUUAUUGUUAAUUUCAAUAACAUGCUUCUGUGUAUCCAAGGCGCUUGUAUUUGGACGACUGGAGUUAUCAUGUGUACUUCGUUAGGCUUAUGUUUGUUUUUUAAAAGAAAAUUCCAGAUCUUUCUUAACGAGAUGGUAUUCAAAGACUCUGUGUUAGAUAUGCCUUUGAUUGUUCAUGUUUUGGAAAGCAAUAACUCUGGCCGAUUGAAAGAUUUGAGGGAUUUGGUUUUAGAGUCUGAAAAAAAGUUUUUUAGGUUCUCUAGAAUUUUGUUAAAAACGUACAUCGUCAUUGGAGUGGUUUGUGUAACACUUUAUUUGUGCUGUGCCAUUUAUCAGAUGAUUACUUCGAACGACAACACUUUAAGAUUAUUAGCUUUUGAAAUGUGGUUCCCUUGGAGUUUAGAAAACUUUAAGGUAUACGUUGCUACGUUUAUAUUUCAAGCUUACUCUAGUUACUUGUGUUGUAUUGCAAAUCCUGGACUUCAAUCUAUUAUAAUACUGUUAGUAAGUCAAACAAUACGACAGUUGACGAUCAUUACGUUUAUUCUAGAAAAUUUGAACGAACUGUCAAUUGAAUUAACAGAUAACAAGGAGAACUGGCAAUACUGUUGUACUGAUAUUUUAUCACAAUGUUUUAAGCGUUACGUAAAAAUAAAAAGAUUUAUAAACCAUCUCAAUGCUGUAUGUCAGCCAUUUUAUUUGACGUUAAUACUUGUUGCAAUGAUGUUAGUCGGUAUGUGCUCCGUGAAAAUAGCUGUUUCUAAUAAAUUUUCUGCGGACACAAUGAAAUAUUAUGUACACAACCUUUAUUUUAUUCUUACUGUUUUAAUGAUAUGCGUACUUGGCCAACAAGUAGAAAAUGAGUGUGAAAAAUUGGAACUGGCGAUCACAGAAAAAUGGUACCUGUUUGACAAGAAACAUAAGACUGGUAUCUUAAUUUUCAAAAUGGCCGUCAAUAAGGGAAUGCCGAUGUAUAUUUUCGGAUCGACAAGAAUAUCUUUACCAACUUUUACUUGGUUUAUUAAAACCGGCAUGUCGUUUUUCACAUUAGUAAUGUCAGUGUUAGAAGGAUAA